GAGCUCCUCCCGCCCUGGCAUCUCCUCACCCCUCCUCGAGCCCCUUAGCUCCUGGCACCCGGAGAGGGAUGGCAGCAAGGGUGGGAGGAGGGGGAGAGAGGGACUGACAGCAACUGCCCUUUCUCCAGGAUGGGUUGAGAGAAACGAAAACCUCCCGAGCUCCUUCCUCUGGGUGUUUUGGAGCAGAUCCUGCCUGCCUGGCGGGGUGACUCCUCUGCACUGUCUGUGUGCGUUCCUGUGCGUGUGCUGCUGCCAUCGCAGAUGUACCCCCAGCUGUCACUUCACCGCGCACAGUCUCUCCCUCUCCCGCCUCUCUCUCUCUCUUUCUCUCUCCCCCUAUUUAUUAUUUACGGAGGAUUACAGUCCCUUUCCCACGCUGUCACCUCGCCGUGCGGCUCCUCUGCCCUCCACGCGGGGUGAGCGGCUGGCUAGGGGGGGCUCCUGCCAGCGAGGGGCCACCGAGAGCCCAGCUGGCAACAGAGGGACUUUUCUGCUGGAUUUGUUUUGGGAUUGUACCGGCUUCACUGGAAGAGCUGCUAUUCUCACAGGAGGGUCCAUUCCAGCCCGAGAGAGUGCUAUAGGGAGUUAAAUAGAGCACACAGAAAGCCUGCUGCUGGGGAAUGAAAGUCAAGGAGGGAAAGGGAAGGAAGAGGCUGUAAUUGGGCAGUGUCCGGGGAAUCAGGUGGAAGUGGCUGCAGGCAGAACCUCUCCAGGACCUGGCAGGCAGGCUACAAGGUCAUUCCUUCUCCUUUUGGGGCUGUGUGCCAGGCUGGCUGUUGGAUGUGAAGACACGCUGGAGAAGACAAGGAUGCUGCCUAUAAGUGCUGGCCACCGGUGGAGGAGCAGGUUCCUCAUGAGGUGGCAAGAGGCUUGUCUGCUUGGCUGUUGGCUGUCGCUAUGUGCUGCUGAGUCCUUCUUUGCUUGUCCUUCCUCCUGCAAGUGUAACAGUGGCAACCUGGAAGUGGACUGUAGUGGUUUGGGCCUCUCUUCCAUUCCCUCAGACAUCCCCACAAACACCAGGACCUUCCUCUUUCUCAACAACAAACUCAGCAUCCUGCCAGGAGCAGUGUUUUCCAACCUCUCCGCUCUACAGAGGCUGGAUCUAUCCAACAACUUCUUGGACCAGCUCCCUCAGAACAUCUUCAGUGACCUGGGGAACCUCACAGAGCUCCAGCUGAGGAACAACAGCAUUAGGGCCUUGGACAAGGACCUAUUACAACACACGGCCCUGCUGCGUCAGCUGGACCUCUCCAUCAACGGCCUGGCCCAGAUCCCCUCGGGAAUCUUUGACGACCUGCCUGCUCUCCGCUCCCUCUCUCUCAGGUCCAACCGCCUGCAGAGCCUGGACAGGGUGACCUUCGAACCGCUAACCAGCCUGCAGCUACUCCAGGUUGGGGAUAACCCCUGGGAAUGUGACUGCAACCUCCGAGACUUCAAACAUUGGAUGGAGUGGUUCUCCUACCGAGGUGGCAAAAUUGACCAACUGGCAUGUACCCUGCCCAAGGAGCUGAAAGGGAAGGAUAUGCGAAUGGUACCCAUGGAGAUGUUUAACUACUGCUCCCAGCUGGAUGAUGAGAACAGCUCUACUGUGCUGGACAAUACUGGCCCACCCUGCACUAAAGGCAGCCCAACUCCUUCCAAAUCUAAAUCAGGCCCAGAAACAGAAGUGGAGCCCAGUGUGGGAUGCCCUCAGAAACAGCGAUACAGGCCCGUGAGCGUGCGCCGGGCCAUUGGCACUGUGAUCAUUGCAGGGGUGGUUUGCGGCAUCGUUUGCAUCAUGAUGGUGGUGGCAGCUGCUUACGGCUGCAUCUACGCCUCCCUCAUGGCCAAGUACCACCGGGAGCUGAAGAAGAGGCAGCCGCUCAUGGGUGACACAGAAGGUGAACAUGAAGAACAAAAACAAAUCUCCUCUGUGGCGUGAAACUCUUCUAGGAAGGAAGGGACAGCGAUGAAAAAAGGUACCUGAGAGCAGUCAAGCAUGGGGUCCUCCCAAAAUACAUCUUCCCAGACAGAGAGACAGACUGUGCUAUUGCUCCACUCACCCAAGUAGUGCAACAUGCUUCUGGGGGGUCAGGGCACCUGGCUCAAUUUCUUUUCCUCUGCCCCAGGCCCAUUUUGUGCCCUUUCACCCUUGGGGCCUCCCAGACAAAAUAAAGUAGAGUCAGACCUCGAGUGCUUGCUGUGCCUCAUGCCCUUGCACAGAGCUUCCCUCACAUGCCUCCUGCAAAGGCAGUUGGCACAUUCUGGGAACCUGUGUUGUUCUCUCAGCUUUGGUCCUGAGUCAUCCUGUAUCCUGUCAAGAGUUCUCUGCAAACUGAGAGCAGCUCUGUGAAAGCUUGUGUGGGAAGCAGGACACCAGAAGUGUCCAUGCCUCACUGUUAGGGUCAUUACCUGUAAGUCAGUGCUCCUUACAUCAGAAGGGAGGGAAGGUCCCCAGGGUAGGACAACAGUCAGUGGGAGAGCUCCCUUCUCAUUUUUAAAGGUGGAAAGAUAACCUGUGUCACUUUAACACACUGCCAGGAGCGCAGUGUCCUUCUUUUUGCUCCUGGCCAAGUCCAAAUCUGUGAGCUGACACACACGUCAUCUCCUACGGGUGCACAGACAUGGAGUCACCCUCCUGUACACAGACACACUGACUCAUUCUGAUCCCAACACGCACACACAGCCAGCCACAGUUCCAGAUAUCCAGGCACCCCACCUGCACGUGCAGAGUCACACAUGCCCAUGCUGAUCUGCCCUCUGUGUGUUGAAUACAUUCAGCCACUUUACCUUACCCUGAUCACAGCACUGCAUAUCACCUUCUGCUUCAGACAAAAUACAUGCACACUCUGCCACUGAGGAGCUAACAGAGACAUCUCAGCCCUAGUGCAGAGCCAGUGGAAACUGGCAGGAGACAGCAGAGAGAGGCAAAAUUAUUGAGAUUACAGCAUGAGUCUGUGAAAAAAAUAAGGUGUAUUCUUCUUAUCUGUUUUAUGUUUUCUCUGAUAAAUGGAGAGGGUAAGGAUAUGAAGCCUCCAUUUAGAAAUGUUUGGCUGGCAGAGUAGAACUGGGUCAUCAGGAAAGACUAGAGGAGGAGGUGGCUUACCGGCCUCAGUAGCAUAAGCCACGCUGAGUAGUGUGAGCCUGGGGAAAGGUGCCAGGGGAAGAAGUCACACAACUGGCAUGGCUGGCAGAGGGGUCUGCAUGGCGUGUGGAGCAGGGUGACGCAGCUGAGGUGACUGAAAAGGGUGGGCGCAUUUCUGAGGGGUCUUGAGCUGAAGGCUGAGACCUGGAUCACAGCGUGGCAGGUGUGGGAGAGCCCAGGAAGGGUCCGGCAUGGAAGGCAGCACAGCCCACAUACGCUCCCCUCACCAUCACUGGUGUGUUUGACGCCAUCCACAGCUGCACACGAGCGUGCCCACACACGCAACUGCGCACACUGCCACUGUCACGCAGGGUGACUUCCCCCAGUCAGACUUUAAAGCCCUCAGACUGCAGUGCCUCCUAUUAGUUUUUGCUCAUUCUGACCUGACAGGGGAAAAAACAAAAAAAAAGUGAGAGGGGAAAAAAAAAAAUGAAAGGAACUCGACAUAAGGACUCAUUUUGUAUCACUGGAAGUGGGAUAAAAUGCUGUCUCCAGGGGAGAGCGCACAUUGCCAUGGUAACCUGCUCUAACCCGUCACAGUGGGUAUUCCUGGGCGAGGAAGAUGACACCGGAGGUCAUGCAUCCACAGUGCCUGUGGAUGGUGUGAUCCCUGCCAUGAGGAAACAAGCUGGCAGCCAGCCCAGCUUUGCAGGGUGUUUCGCUGGCAACCUGUGUUCAGAGCCCAGCAUGCACUGCAGGUGGACCCUGCCAGGGCACAUCACCUCUUCCACCUGCUCCAUCUGAAUCCCGAUGCCUUCGGACAUCUCGCAGCCCUCCCGCUCGCUGUGACCGGAUCCCUGUGGAAUCAAUGCACGCUGGCUCCUCACCUCCUUCUGGCCCCAGACAGGUGGUUGUACUGACCCACGGGCACACAACAUCUUUAAUCAAAGCCUGGAGUGGCAAAAUCCCUCCUGGUCUACCCAGGGUCACCAGAGGCAAGGAGACAGGAUACUCUGAGCUGUUUAAGCAUGACUUUCCUUCGACACAGGGACGCAUGGGACGGGGGAGGAUGUUCUUCAGGAAGCAGAAGACAAGGCUGCCAUGGAGGAACAAUUGGGAGAAGCAGUCCACCCACAAGUGUGCACACACAUUCUACCCCUGCUCCCAGCACACUUCUUGUGAGGAACUGGAAGAGGAGGAGGGGGGCUGGCAAGAUGUGAGGAGGAAGGACUCUCACCCCAUACACUGUAUAGUCACUACAACCAUCCCAUCUGCUCCAAGUGUAGCCCGUUCUGAAGGGCAGAACUGGUGCACUGCAGACUCCAUAUGCGUGUCACUGCUGCUCCACAUUCCCAGCAAGCCAGGACUAGACUCUGCCUGCUGGAUCCAAACCUCUCCCCAACCUCCCUCUCAGGGGAACUUCUCCCUUUACCAUACUGGACUCCACAAUCAUACUUGAAAUGGGACUUGAGUCAGAGUGGUAUAUUUAUAGAUCUAUAUUUUACUUGCAUCAAAUAAUGGUGAAAUAUUGCACAAAACAAAUGGGAUCUAUAUAUGUGUGUGUGUGUAUGUAUGUGUGUGAGUGAGCAAGAGAGUGAGAGACUGUUUUAAAGGGAAUAGACCAGAGGUAAAAUGAAUGGGAGAAAGGCAGGGCACACUGCAGGGGCUGAGGGGAUGAAAUCCUCCUUUCCCUGCACCUUCCCUGUGACUUCCUCCAGCCCUGACCAAUUUUUCUUUGUUGCUAAUAAUAUUUUCUAUAUCUUGUGUUGUGGGGCUGAUGAUGACCUUGCCCAUCCUUUCUUUUUUUGUUUUAAUUUAUACAGCAGAAAGUCUGGAUUUAUCUCAACCCUAGACAAGGGACUGCUAUGUUUAGAAACCCACCCAGGAAAGGAGAGAACUGAGUGCUGCUGAGAAAUAUGAAGGCUGGCUGCUAUGGGGAGUCCCACUGGAAAGCAAAUACUGUGCUGGGAAGCAUGAGGACCUCUCACACACAGAGCUGAGUAACUGGGUUCACUGGGAAAUACCCUCUUCAUGCCACUGUUUGCAAACAGGCUCUUCCUCCCUUCCCUAGCACACCUGGAAAACAGGCUGCCCUGGUGUGACUGAGCUGCUGCACUGUCCACAGGCACACCAGGGAACAUGGUACCUAGCAUGGUCCAAAACAAAGCUCUCCUGUGGGAUGCUGGAUACAGAAUGACACCCAGUGCUCCUUGCGUGCUCAGCCAAUGGGUUCCUUUGGUGUGUGGAGACAGGGGCUCCUGUUAUCCCUGCAGGCAUGGCUAGACAUGGGGAGAACCCCCCUGAACGUACCCUUUGGUGCAGGCAGGAGCACCAACGCUCCACGCAGGCGCCUGCACUCAGGAAAUGGUAUUCUGGGGCAGGCAGGUCCGACACAUGCCAGGGUGAUCUAGGGGCUGGCAGGGUCACCAGAAACACCCCUUCUACUACCCCCCACUCCCCUUCCCCACACACCCACCUGUGGCACAGGCACAUUUCUUGCAGGGAACAGAUGGCACUUGUAAUUCCUUUUUCUUUUUUGUUACCGUUUGAGGGAGAGCGACAAGAUUUUCUAAAAUGAUUGAAUGGAGGUUUCUUUGGCAUGAGACAGAAAAUUUUUAAAGGUAUAUUAUAUUUCUGGCUUGUUGUUACAGAAUAAUAAUAAAGAAUGUAUUUUCCUAUGCU